GGGGAGAGAGUCUCCGUCGGGAAACGUGGUAUUGCUUCCUGGGUGUGACGGUGCUUUCAAACUUUAGGUUUCUGUUCCUUUCUCCCUGGCUUUUGAAGAACAGAGAGGAAGAUGGAGACCGAGUCCGGGGCGCAAACAUCAAAUCAGACGCAAACAGAUUCAUUAUCUCCAUCCCCUAAUCCUGUGUCACCUGUGCCUUUGAAUAACCCAACAAGUGCCCCAAGAUAUGGAACAGUGAUCCCUAAUCGCAUCUUUGUAGGAGGAAUCGACUUUAAGACACAUGAAAAUGAUUUAAGAAAAUUUUUUUCCCAGUAUGGGUCUGUAAAAGAAGUGAAGAUUGUAAAUGACAGAGCUGGAGUGUCCAAAGGGUAUGGCUUUGUCACUUUUGAAACACAAGAAGAUGCACAAAAAAUUUUACAAGAGGCUGAAAAACUUAAUUACAAGGAUAAGAAACUGAACAUUGGUCCAGCAAUAAGAAAACAACAAGUAGGGAUCCCUCGUUCCAGUAUAAUGCCAGCAGCUGGAACAAUGUAUCUAACAACUUCAACUGGAUAUCCUUACACUUAUCAUAAUGGUGUUGCUUAUUUUCAUACUCCAGAGGUAGCUUCUGUCCCCCCACCUUGGCCUUCACGUUCUAUAUCUAGUUCCACUGUGAUGGUAGCUCAGCCCGUUUAUCAGCAACCUGCUUAUCACUACCAGGCCCCUGCACAGUGUCUACCAGGUCAGUGGCAGUGGGGUGUUCCUCAGUCUCCUGCCUCUUCUGCUCCAUUCUUAUACCUGCAACCUUCUGAGGUUAUUUAUCAACCAGUGGAAAUUGCACAGGAUGGUGGAUGUGUUCCUCCUCCGCUGUCUCUGAUGGAAGCUUCAGUUCCAGAGCAUUACUCUGAUCAUGGAGUUCAAGCAGCAUAUCACCAGGUUUAUGCUCCAAGUGCCAUUGCUGUGCCUGCACCUGUGAUGCAGCCUGAACCAAUUAAAACAGUGUGGAGCAUUCAUUAUUAAGACAACUGGGCAGCUCUAGUCCAGCUCAACUGAUUUCUUGUCCAAUGAUCCUUGUGUGGCCGAGAUCCAGCUUCAACGAACCGGCUAGAAGCUGCCCGUUGUGAAACUUAGGGUUAGUUAAUACCUCGCCAUACUUAUUUAUUCCACUAUAAGCUGUCUAAAUUUGAUGAAAUUUGCUUUUUCAGCUGUUCUACAAAAUUAUUUAGGUGGAUGUGGCAUGUUGGUUUUUUAAUGUGUUACUCUAACUGUAGUGAUAUUUUCUACAACAUGUUUUAUCCAUUCCAUAAAUAAUAACCACAUUGGGAAUAGUGAGGUGUCUUUCAUUUUCUCUGCUUUGUGUUAUUUCUUUUCCUCUCAAUCUUUUAGAAGUUAUGUUUCAUAUUCUUUGGUAUUUAUUUUAAUAUUUAGGAUAAGAGUCAUUUCUAAUUCUAAUAGAAUUUUUAGUACUUUCAUGCCUUUUAUCAUAUAUUUGAUCUUAAUGAAUCAGUUCUACUACUUUGCAAUUUUGUCAUUUUUUUGUCUAUUUUUUUAUUUAUUUGUUACUGCUACUCCUUAUUUAAUUUUGCUUCUACCAUGGUUUUCAGAAUUUGAAUAGUACUUAUACUCCUUUUUAAAUAACAUUUCCAAACAUUGGAAAUACCAUCAACAUGAUCAGUAUUCUUGCCUUUUCAUGUGAUUAAUUUGACUAUAGUAAACUUUUUCUCUAUUAUUUGAGAUAAUGCUCCAGCCUUCCUAUAACAUAAGCUAUUUGGUACCAAAUUUUAUAUAAUAUGGAUCACCUAGUAGAGGUGUUUUGAUAAAAGAAGGCUCACCUCUGA